AUGGCCAACAAAUGCGCCAGUGCCUUGGUACGCAAGGCCGACAGGCGUAUGGCCAUCAGAAUCGCCCGUUGUUAUCGGACGGUGUCGUACGUGGCGUCCACGACCCUGGCGGGGGUGCUCCCGUUCGACCUAGUCGCUGCUUCGCGCGCCGAAUCCUCUAUCGGACUGAGGACCGUCGAGGCCAUUCAGUCCUGCCUACUGGAGUGGGUAGGCAGAAGGGGAGGAGGAAUUUUGUUCUACAUGGCGCAGGUUUUCACUGGGCAUGGCUGCUUUGGUGAAUACCUGUGCCGGAUUGGAAAGGAGCGCACUACGCAAUGUCACCAUUGCGCGGCCGACCGGGACUCGGCGCAGCACACGCUCGAAGAGUGCUCGGCGUGGGCCGUGGAGCGUCGGGUCGAGAUG